AUGGCGAGAGCAGAGUCAUCAAAGGAUGCCGAGACCAACGGAGUCAAGGCGAACACGAGGGGUGCUCCUGCAAACUACGAGCUUCCUUGGGUCGAGAAGUACCGCCCGGUAUUCCUGGACGACAUCGUCGGCAACACCGAGACCAUCGAACGCCUGAAGAUCAUUGCAAAAGAUGGAAAUAUGCCUCAUGUCAUCAUCAGUGGCAUGCCUGGUAUUGGAAAGACGACCUCUGUCCUCUGUCUCGCGAGACAGCUACUGGGAGAUGCCUACAAAGAAGCAGUGCUGGAGCUGAACGCAUCCGACGAGCGUGGAAUCGACGUGGUGCGGAAUCGGAUCAAGGGUUUCGCACAGAAGAAAGUCACACUUCCAGCAGGACGACAAAAGAUUGUGAUCUUGGACGAGGCGGACAGCAUGACAUCUGGAGCACAACAAGCGUUGAGACGAACGAUGGAGAUCUACUCAGGCACAACAAGAUUCGCCUUUGCUUGCAAUCAGAGCAACAAGAUCAUUGAGCCGCUACAGUCGAGAUGUGCGAUCCUGCGGUAUGCUCGCCUGACGGAUGGACAAGUGGUGAAGCGGUUAUAUCAGAUCUGUCAGGCAGAAAAGGUGGAGUACAGUGACGAUGGAAUUGCUGCACUGGUCUUCAGUGCCGAGGGUGAUAUGAGACAAGCGAUCAACAAUUUGCAGAGUACGCAUGCAGGGUUUGGCUUCGUCAAUGGCGACAAUGUCUUCCGUGUGGUCGAUAGCCCGCAUCCUAUCAAGGUGCAGGCGAUGAUAAAGAACUGUCAGGAGCAAAAGAUUGAUGAUGCUCUGGACGGCUUGAAGGAGCUGUGGGAUCUCGGCUACUCGUCGCACGACAUUAUCAGUACCAUGUUCAAGGUCACCAAGACGAUUCCCUCGCUCUCAGAGCACACCAAGCUGGAGUUCAUCCGCGAAAUCGGCUUCACGCACAUGCGUAUAUUGGAGGGCAUGCAGACGUACUUGCAGCUCGCAGGGUGCGUGGCCAAGCUAUGCAAGCUGAACAUGAAGCCACAGCUGUUCGAUCUGCCAAAGUGA